AUGGCUCCCAGAAUUGAUCGCGGCAACUCCAGGCGCCAUGCGCCUCGAGCGGCGAGACCCCUGUAUGUUUCUUCCAAUGUGCAACCGCGAAUGGUCCAAUCUUCGCGUCGUUUGGCGAGAAUCGGUACUAUCACGCAGCUGGAGGGACUGGCUCGCAGCACCUCUCCCCGGUCACGUCGGUCCCCGACCUCGAGGGGAAAUAUCCAUCUCUUGGGCGCGACAGGAAGGGAAGAGCAGCGUGGCGAGCUAGGACGGUUACGCUCAGUCAUCAGGAGACUCGAAGCCGGUCGACAUGCGUCCAUCAAUCGAUUUAUUCCACCAGAGCAGGACGCGGCGGAGGUCCUCGAGCUACCAGAGAUCGACAGUGACAGCUCGCCGGAAGAAGUUGAGAAUAUGAUGGCACACAUGAUCGACUACUUCUUGCAGUGGACUGAUGAGACGCUUAUCGAAGGACCGUCAACGAUCUUCCAAGACAUCAGACUCAUUCACGCCUCGCUGCAAAGUGUCAUGGAACUGCCCGAAGAGGUGAUCUCUUCCCCUGUGGUUCACAGCGUGCUCAAGACUUUCAGAAAACGGUACGAGACUUUCGUCAGCAUUUGGGCUCAAGCUAUUCAUCGCGCCCUCGUCGACAAGCUCCUGCAGAUCGAAUCACAGCUCAAGCACCACCCAGCGGCCGUGACGGAAUCAGUGUUUACUUCAAUCUUGUUGGAUGUGCGCACCGCAUCUUCAAGUUAUGCCUUGCUGGUGCUGCUAGAGUCCGAUCAGGAUAGUAUCCCACUGCUCUUGUCUAGUGGUGCAGCGACCGAAUUGUCGGACCGCUGCGCUCGCUUACAUGGGGUGUUCCAGAAUGCAACCUACAAUUCCGAACAGAAGGAGUUGUGGCUCCUGAUCUGGAGAGGCUUGAAGACUGUCUUUACUUCUUUUGACCAAGGGGCAGUCCCGACAUCUCCUACCAACAUCGAGCGCGAUCGCAUAUUCUUCGAGCUGCCUGGAGUAUAUCGUGAAUUCAAGCGCCUGAUCAGCUCACCGGAUGCAGCCAAUCCCAGAAGUAUCGAAGAUAUGGUUGGAAAAUACUGCCGAUACAUCUUCCAAUGUCAAGUCGACCCAAGCAACAAAUACGAGUCCCUUCAGCGACCACGAGACGCGCCUUUGGAAAGCCACACCAAAGAAGCGUUGAGAGAAUUCAUUGAGACCGGGAAAUUCGAGACAAGCACACUCUCCAAGAUUCAUUUCGCGGCCUCGCGGUUCAACACGAUUAGCGGAGGGCCGGUCAAGGUCAGACGAUGGCAGUAUGAUGUCGACGACGGAGAAUGGGAGACUGACGAAUUGGAUGUGCUCUCCCCAGUCUCGAUGCACACUGCUGAAGGGCUACCUGACCACUCGACUGUCCCCUUGAGUGCACGAUCGAGCUCGUCCGUUGCCGGCCUUGACGAUGCCGAGUCCUUUGCAGGUGCCGCACAGAAGCAGUCGAAAGGCUUGUUCCCAUAUCCUGAGGGGAUCAACAUGAAAAGCGCGUUUGACUAUGUCUACUACCCUUUUCCCGAGACACGGGCUCAUGAAAUUGUCCAGCACGAGCAAAUUUCCAGAGAGAUGGGCCAGCCCGGAAUAGUCUCAGAUGGUCCACGAGCCGACUUUCUCGUCAAUCGACCUCCCCCUCAUGCUCGCGAUCCUGCCGAUGUCUCAGUGUCCAACAGGUUAUCCAGUCCAUUUGAAUGGAUCCGCUCAGCGAUAGGGCAACUGCUUGCACAGAGACGCCGUGUUUCUGAUGUGAACCGCCCAAAAGUCAACACUCUUCCUUCACGUCCUUCGAAAAGACUUGCAUUGAAACCACGGCCUCGUCCCAUUGACCCAAAAGCAAGAGUGCGCAAGUCCACCUCUGUCGCAAGUCCAAGUCUCAAGCUUCGUGGAGGAGGGCCUCCACCUCAACGAUUAGCGCCAGAAUUGCACAGGAAAAGAAGUACUUUCGAUCCACUAGCAUAUCGACGGUUGGCGAUAGAGAUCUUUCGAAGGAGGCUUAACGGCAUUUAUGGGGCCGACAUUCAUCCCGACGAAGACGAAAUGCUACGGCUGUUGAAGCAAACGACCUACGAUGUUGGCAAGGCCGUAAAAUUAUACUCGGUAGUGAGUGACAGAAUCGUUAGCCCGGCCGGAGACACCGCUGAUGAGCAACAUCGACGCGUUCGUUUCUCUCAUCAACCUGAGAGCCGGACUGGCCAGCGUCCACGACUUCUUGACCAGAAUUCUAUGGAUCACAACACAGAAGUAUAUGCUUACAGAAUGGAUACUCUCGCCGAAUCCGGUGCUGGAUUGUUUGAUUAUCCCCCAGGCAGUGGCUAUGACGGCAUUAACCACUACUAUCAUGGUGCUGGGCAGCCUCCCACCAGGCCAGUACUGGGCGAACUUCCCACGGCAGCGGACCCUGACGAUGAUAACCCCGGUGAAGACAGCCCUCGACCAAGUUCCGAUCGAGAAAACCAUAGACCUAGGUCCUCCCAGCUGUCUCGACCUCCUCACAGCUCUCCUGCUCCUGAACCAUGUUCUUCACGCUGUCACCCUUGCCCCAGGUUUGCAGGCCAAUACCACCACGUGUGUAGACAUGCGCAUGUUGUGGAACCCAGAACGCCGCCACCGUUCAAUAUCCACGAGGACGAGGCCUCUGAUGGUGGGCCGAAUCAGAAUCCGAGCUUGCAGGCAAAUCAGGCUGUAGUCCAUGCCAUGACACAGGCAGUGGUCCAGGCGCUGACCCAGACUGUGAAUGAGAUUGUGACCCAGGUUGUGGAUCAGGUUAUGAACCAGGUUGUGGCACAGGAUGGCGAGCAAGAUGAUAAGCAGGGUGAUGAGCAAGGUGAAGAGGGGAGUGAAGAGGUGAGUGAAGAGGUGAGUGAAGAGGCGAGUGAAGAGGAGAGUGAAAAGGGGAGUCAAGAGGAGAAUGAAACGGAGAAUGAGGAGAAUGAGGAGCAGGCCGCGAGUCAGGAUGCAGGUCACACUCCCCAUAUCAGACGACCACCCAGGGAAGAGCCACGAGACGACGACAAUCGAGAUAUAGCCAAAGUGUUUCAGACGGACCCGGGCUACAAGGGCGAGUUGAGUGAUCUUGGUAUCGACGGAUUCCUCCAUCAAGCUGUUACAGCCAUGUAUGCGCAAAAGCCGAAUUGGAUUAAUAAUGAGUCGGUACGGCGGGACGUCUAUAUGAUAAUGGAUGGAUUGGCAGACAGGAUUAUGGAGCUGCGAGACCAAUAUCUCGUGUUGCUGGAGCCCGGCCCGCCGCCUUUCAUGGAAACGGUAUCGCGAAAUGACACCCGACAUCCAAACCCGGACCAUCCUGCCACGGUCAUGCUCUGCAGAAGGGCGGCCAGGGACGUGCGACAACAUUAUGGUCGACUGUACCAGUUCUUUGACGACAGGCACUUGCGAACCAAUCUUGGGUUCCGCCACCAGUUUAACCGGCUCAUUGUAGCAGUGAGGGAGCUACGACAUCUUUUCCUGGAGUACGCCCAGGUGCACGAGACCGAGGACGCCCCAGGCAGGCAGCAGCAAUAUGAUCAUGGAAGUGGAGCGGCGGAUCAGACAGGCAAUCAAGAAGAGGACACUGACGAUAGUCAGUCAGACUCCCAGAACACCCCUUCGACGCUUGAUACAGCACGGCUGGCGAGACGUCGAACUUCACCCAGACGCCACAGGAUUGUUCCGACUCGGCAGGAAUACGAGCUGAUGUUUGUGGACGAGCUGGAGCGGGAACUCCGAAACCGCGGAUUCACCAACCUAGAACAAGCAUUGGGAAAGAAGAGAUGGCUCAAGGCCGACCUGGUGAACAAACUCAUGGCGCUCGACCAAGAAGGCAAUCACCUUGGUCAUGGGGCCGACGAAGGGUAUCGCCAUAUCACCGGAAACUUGACAGCUCGGAGUCGACCAAAAGGGUUCAACUUGGACCACGCGCUCCAAAUAUAUAACUUGACCAAGCGGGCUAGGCGAGGUCAGGAGAAGCAGAAGAGGAAAGAAGCAAGGCGACAGGCGAGGAUCGCACGAGGGAUACAUUCACCAGCGCCAGUGUUGCCAAGGGUGCAACCGAAUCCAGUGCCGUUGGCUGUACCUCGUCCGGUGGUUAGGGCCAGCAGUCCGGACGUCGUGGGUCAAGAUUCCGAGGACUCUGACACUGUGAGUGUGGACUUUCGCCGACCGUAG